AGUGUGGUUUUGGGGUUUUUUUUUUUAGCUUCACUUUCUGAGGAAAUGAAGUUAAUCUAUUUCCCAAACCAGCCAGAGAGACUUCUCUCUACCCAUACCUUUUUAACACUUUGACAGUUUCAACUGAUUUAUUAGGAGGACAGAGGCAUUGUAUGCAAUUAUUUUCCUAUUACUCUUGUGCACAUAAGCUGCUGGGUAGAGGGGGAAAUGCUGUUAAUUCCUGCAACGAAGGGGAGACUGCAGCUGGAUAUCAGUGCUUAUUACACACCAGAAAAUCCUCAGAGGUGCACAUCCCAGGACCAGAAAUCCUAUGAAGUCAGGAUCAUUGUGUUUGCUACUCUGAACUACUGAUUUAUUUAAAAUUGUGGAUAUUUGGUGUGAGCUAUUAGCAGGAUGACAUAAUGGGGCAAAAGACUGGUGAAGCAGCCGAAAGCAUGCAGUAGUAAUAUGUCUGAUGCUCUCGCAAAUGCAGUAUGUGAACGCUGCCAGACUCGAUUUGAUCCUGCAGAAAGGAUUGUGAACAGCAAUGGGGAGCUCUAUCAUGAAAACUGCUUUGUCUGUGCUCAGUGUUUUCGUCAGUUCCCAGAUGGACUUUUUUAUGAGUUUGAAGGUCGGAAGUACUGUGAGCAUGACUUUCAGAUGCUGUUUGCUCCUUGCUGCGGGGAAUGUGGUGAAUUCAUUAUUGGACGUGUUAUCAAGGCGAUGAACAAUAACUGGCACCCAGAAUGUUUCCGCUGUGAGCUCUGUGAUGUAGCACUUGCUGACCUGGGUUUUGUGAAGAAUGCUGGCAGGCAUCUGUGCAGGCCAUGCCAUAACCGUGAAAAAGCUAAGGGACUGGGCAAGUACAUCUGUCAGAAGUGCCACUUGAUAAUCGAUGAGCAGCCUCUGAUGUUUAGGAAUGAUUCCUACCAUCCAGAUCACUUCAACUGCACCCACUGUGGGAAGGAGCUGACUGCUGAGGCCCGGGAACUGAAGGGAGAACUGUAUUGCCUGCCCUGCCACGACAAGAUGGGGAUCCCCAUCUGUGGAGCCUGCCGCAGGCCCAUCGAGGGACGAGUGGUCAAUGCUCUGGGAAAGCAGUGGCAUGUCGAGCAUUUUGUUUGUGCCAAAUGUGAGAAGCCAUUCUUGGGGCACCGACACUAUGAGAAAAAAGGACUGGCUUAUUGUGAAACUCACUAUAACCAGCUCUUUGGAGAUGUGUGCUACAACUGCAGCCACGUGAUAGAGGGAGACGUGGUAUCAGCUCUUAACAAGGCCUGGUGUGUGAAUUGCUUCUCGUGCUCCACCUGCAACAUCAAGCUUACACUGAAGAAUAAGUUUGUGGAAUUUGACAUGAAGCCUGUAUGCAAGAAGUGCUAUGAGAAGUUCCCUCUGGAGCUGAAGAAACGCCUGAAGAAGUUGUCAGAGCUGGCAUCCAAGAAGGCACAUCCCAAAGCUCUGGAUUUAAACUCUGCUUAAACAGGUCUGUCAGUCUACUGACUGCACUCUGACAGUCAUAAGCGACUGCUCACAGCAGCCGUUGAUUACAGAGACAAUUACUAGGAACAAGUGAAACCAAAGAUAAGUAGUACCUUGCCUUGCUUCUGGUAAUGUAGCUUGCAUCUUGACUAUCCCUUUUUCUCAAGCAAUUGUCUGUCAACACUGGCAGAAAGAAGAAGAUGACUUUCUGAUUGAGCAGUUUACAGGCUGGUUAUUAAUUUGCCAAUAACAACUUAUUCUGCCUUUGUGGAAUUGUACACGGUCUUCCCUUCCUCAGUUGAAUUGUAGUUCUCCAUUCCUCUGUAGUCUAAAGAAUUUGGAAACAGUGGUGGAGCGUAGGGGUGGAAGAAAUGUGUGAUUUGCUCUUUUUUCAGUUAAAGCAUAAAAAUUUAUCUUCUCACCCUGGGUGAAGACGUUUUUUAUUUUUUUAAUAUGUAGGCAAAUAUUCUGAAAGCUGUCACUCUUUGCUACAUGCAAAAUAUUCUGGUCUUUCUCUGCAUCCCUGCUGAGCAUAUACAGGUGCUGUACAGUCCUUCUGGUUGGCAGGCUUACUGGGAAAGCCCAGGAACCAAUGGUUAUGGCAUCUGCACUGCCUGCUUGUCUGGCUUAGGUCCAGCGUUUGAAGCUGAAAAAGUUUGUUUUGCUGCUUCCCUGUUCAGUACUGAGGAGAUUUCACUUGUCAAGGUCAUGCCAGCCUCUUCGGAAUAGUUGGGCCCUCCUUAAGGGGGAGGUGGCUAUGGGAAACAAAAGAUUUUGUUAGAAACCGACACUAUAAUUUUCUCAGUUUGUUCUCUACUACUGCUACAUGGAUACUAGAGCUUUUAGGGGUCAACAUAAAACAUGUCCUAUCCACUGGCAUAGCUGACAUUUCUUGAGGCAAUGUGACUGGGUCUUGGUUGUUCUUUUGCACGAUGAAAUCAAAUUGAUAAUAUGGUACCAAUUCAAGCGGUUCACUUUUUCUGGCCUUCUCACUUUAUUUGGAAGAUGAGUAUAUGCUUGUUGGUCAUGCUCCAGAAAGCCCAAUUACGUGAAGUGGUUACUAAUAUUUACAGUUUGUAGCAAAUGUGUUCUUAUCCAGAAGAAACCCAGGGAGUAUUUUUCUUAAAAUUUUCACCCAAAUAAUAAUUUCCCAUCACCUUUCUUCUUAAGAAGUGUACCUAAAGACCUGAGUGUAAAGUCAGGACCUCAGACGUGAAUCUGUACAUCUUAAGCACAUAGUUCUGCUCUGUAGUUUUGCCUCUCACUAGUGAAGUUUCACUGGUCCUACUGUCUCUGCUAGUACAACCCAAGGUGCUGAGAAAUUUAUUUGUUUUGAACAUUCUCAAUAUUUCUUUAGGGGUGAGCCAUUAACAGUGCUGUUUCUGAGUCCACUUGUGUGUCGUAUAAUCACAGUGUGCUUCUGAGACCUCUGGAGGUGUCACCUCUAGUUUCUUGUGCCAAACUAAGCUGAGCAGCCUCAAAAUCCCUUUCCAUGAAUAGUUGGAGACUGUGCCUGCCCUUUUGCAAGGUGGACAGGAUGAAAGGCACUGGAGGACUUCUUUCCCUUGCAUGAUUUAAAUCUUCCAAAAAACGGCUAGUUCAGUGGGUCAAAGGAACACGGCAGCUGGGCCUAGGCGCCACCUGCGGCCCCAGGCGAAUUAGCAAGAAGUUUAAGCUUCCUCACUUGUAUGUGUGAGCAGCGACUGGACUGGGGCAAUAAUCUACUGUAAAAUUGUCCUCACUGCCAUCACGCUUGGCUCAGAAUAGAUCUAAACAAGGUGGUAGCUAAAGCACUGGUAGCUGUUAACGCGCUUGCUGUAGCUACUACCCAUGAAAAGCUACCGGCGGUAUCACAGCAGCGGUGGGAAGUCCCGGUUAACUGUGUGCAGGUCUCCCACCUGCAAGGCCAUCUCUUAGGUAUACUGGCUUUGCUAAUUCCAUUUCCUUCAGCUGCUUUGCUUUUUGUUUCCGUGAGUUCCCAUAAACUUUUAGCUGGGGUAUACUGCACCCACUAUAAUGCUGAUGAGGGGAGAGGCCUCACUUUAACAGUAUUCUCUCCCAUCCUUUUCUGACCGACGUGCACUGUAGAUUACAGUAAUAGUAGCUGCUUUUGUCACUGCUUUAGGAGAACAUGUGGCUAGUCACUCUUCUCCCACCAGCCUUUAAAUGGCCUUUUAGUUAAGGGCACAAAGAGCAACAUGUCUUUUGGUGCAGGAGUACAUGGCCACUGCGAAGACCGGUCCUGUAAGCCUGUUCUUUGGCAUCUUUUUUCACAGCGUAAGCCACAAGAGCUACCGGUGUAGGUGCAGGUCAGUAUGUUUUGCAGUUUCUUCUCAGCAUAAAGCAUUCCGGUCUGUUCCUAUAAUCAGUCUCAGGCCACGUCUAAUGCUAGAUCUGAGCAGCUGUGUAUCUUCAGCCUGGUGGGAAGACGGUGAGGGAACACACAGCCGCAUAGCUGCUGGCAAAUAUGGAAAGACUAUGUAUCUAGCAGGCGAUAGGUGAUAUUCUUUCAGUGGCCACUCUCCAAAUUCAGCAGUGGAAAAUGCAUGUACGUAGAGGUGAACGGAAUUACUUUUGUACUGCAAGCAGAGAUUAGUGUGUGCUCUCGCUUUGUCCCAUGUUAGAAAUUCAGCAGACCUAGUAAGCUUCAGUGUUAAAAGGAUAUUUGAUAUCAUUCUCUUUGGUAAGCUGUUCCAUUUUCUAGGAUUUGGAUUAUGUCCUUCAGAGCAUUUCCCAAAAUUAAGGGAGGGAAAUUGUCAUCAUAAUCCCUGACCUCUGUAUUAGUGGAGUGUAAUGUUCUUUUAGUAUCUCUUAAAUUAUUAAUUUUUUAUAAUUACUUUUCUCAUACUCCUGCUCAUAGCAGCCUGCAAUGUGCAGUUACAGUAGUGAUUAGUGAUGUUCCUUUUGUGGGACAGUGGAAUUGAAGGAGUAGGAGAAAUAACUAGAAAUAGUUUAAAUAAAUGCAUCUUCCUCUACUUUGAGCCCACUUUUUAAAAACUAAGUAGAAUAUAAUGCAGACUUAGGAAUUCUCCUUAGAGUGUUGAUCAGCUGGCAGGUGGGGUUUGGUUGUUUUUUUGAAAUGAAGUCAAUGUCUCAGUCAGAAACGAGCGGCAUGCUUUUUUCCACUGCUGCAAAUAGACAUGCUGGCCAAAUUCAUCCUAGGUGUCACACCGCUGGGGAGUAUAGAUUUGUAUCAAGGUUGAACUUGGCUUAGAAGUCUACAUCUACUGAAAGCUGUUGCCUCAUUAUAUACAUUUAUAGUUUACAUUCAUAUUUAUACAUACUGAAUUAAAAUCACUAAUAUUCACUGAGUACACUUGAAAAUGGUUUUGCUUUUAGAAACCACAUUACAUGAAGCUUGUUUGUAUUCAAAGGGUAUGUUAAAUCACUUACAAUCUUUCUUUAUAGCAACCUAAUCUGCUCUCUAGGGUUUGCAUCAUGGUCUUUAUUUUUACAGCAGUCUGUGCAAUGUAGGGAAAUAUUGUUCGGCCUUCUGUACAGAGAGUUUCUAGAUGCGGUGUGUUUUGAUGUGGCUGACUACUUUUUUGAAAAGUGGUUGGAUGGUGAAGGAAUAGAUUGCAGGUGAACAUGUAAUAAGUGUGGUUGUACUAGUCUGUAAAGCACUAUUAAGUGCUGAGGAUGGUAUGGACUAAGUAAAAGAAUUAGCAGCUACUGGCCUUGGUUCAGGCCUUGAUGAGCAGUGUGGGUUCUGCACCGCGUGGAUGUCUCGUUUAUCACACAUUGCUUGUGCUGUCUAACCAAAAUAUGAUUGUGGAUUGAAAUGUUGUAACACCGUACCUUUUCAUGUUCCUGUAAUGAAGUUAACUGUAAUAAAUUUUAAAUCUUCACACAAAAACCAAAUAUUAAAAA